AUAUGUACUGUGUCCUACAGGGUUGUAUUUUUAGUUGAUAUUUUGUUAGAUAUGAUACCUUCGACUUCCACUGCCACCGAAGCAGACCAAUCAAGCUCUGCUUGUAAAUUUAUCCUCACGUGCCUUGCUUUGUGUUCAAUCUUUGUUGUUUGUGCGAUAUGAGAAUUGAGAGCUGGUUUGGUGAYUUGAAAACACAUCGAUUGGUUACGACCUGGUACGACUGUCGUUCGAACUAAAGUUUCGAAAGGUUCAUUGUYGUUAACUAAAGCUUGCUAUACAACAAUCCAGGCCCGACGUGCUCUUGGUUUCUGGCUUGUAGACUGCGCAAUUCCAAGUCGAUUCAACAGAUCCCUCCAACGAAUCCAUCCAAUGSGCCAAAGAUCUKCGCCGUUCCCAUUUUUCGCUUUGGCAAUACUCUGCAGCAUUCUCAUAACUUUCAACACCACYAGCAAGCUUUCCUUCGUUUCGGCCAUGUCACCUGUUUCCAAGGGCACAUCGGCAGCCGCUGCAAAUGCCGCUUCCUCUACCUACCGCGGCGCCCUGAUUUUCAUGCACGGGCUCGGUGAUUCCCCCGCGGGAUGGUCGAGCCUCGAGCACCAACUCCCGCGACUGAAGCCCCGCCUGAACGCCGGGGACGUCAAGUACGUGUUUCCGGCGGCACCRACCAUCCCSCUCACGAUCAACGGCGGGAUGAAAAUGCCCGGGUGGUUCGAUCUGUUCGACUGGCCGAUCGGUGUCGGCAGCAAGGACGAUCCCGCUGGAUUGAUGAAGGGCGUCGAGCAGAUCAAAGCGGAGGUGGAUCGGCUCCAGACCGAGGACGGGAUCCCACCCAGCAAGAUCGUGGUGGGAGGAUUUUCCCAGGGUGGCGCUGUAGCGCUCCUGUCCUGCUAUCACCAGAACCUGGGUGGAGACGCCCCCAAGSCAUUCGCCGGGUGUGUCGGAUUGUCCGCGUGGCUGACCCUUCCGAAAGAGGUUGCGGAACUCACGGAGGACGGCAAGAAGGACGCCCGAAAGGAAAUUCCGCUGUUCUGGGGGCACGGCACCUACGACGACAAGGUGCUCUUCGAGCAGCAGCAAUUCGGCAUCGAGAAACUAUCGAACGAUUUCGGUCUCGAUUGGAGCAAGAUUACCUCCACCCAGUACCCCAUGGGGCACCAGAGCUGUGAGCAAGAAACCAGGGACCUUGCGGAUUUUCUCGAUCGGGCCUUGUUUGGCGACGAGGGAGACGAUGCCAAGGCGGAUCUCUGAGGCAACAAGGCAACAGCAGCUAGUGUACAGCAGAAUAAAUACAGUAAUCGCAAUUCAAAUAGGAAUUCGAUAGUAUCUUGAUGCAUCAUUCCCGAGAUCAAUUCAAAGACCAUGCAAUCAAUAGAAGGAAAGCGUCGAUGCUAGAUUGGAUGCUUUUCAAGUACUGUAUUCUUUCUGUUCUAAAUAUGAUCCCUUUUGUUGAAAAAGCAACGAGAUGGGGCCUUCCUUCUUUCCCCCUUGCCUUCGUUUUCACGUCGCCGACAACCAUUGUCCAAGAAAUGGUACCGCAAGACUAUCAGCAGAGUGGUUUUUGCCAAUGUACAAGUAGCCAAUACUGUAUAGAUUCAUAAAUACCAGUCCAAUGU